AUGAAGGACCUUCUGUGCAGUUCACUUCCAGAAGAAGAGGAAGCGGACGGCAGUGAUUACUCGCACAACUAUGACGCGGAAAGUGAUGACGAGGAUUUGUCGAAAUCUAUAAAGUCAGCACACUACUCCUCAUCACAGGAUAGGUUCAUGAAGGAUCACGAUUUGAAAGUCAAGACAUUUGAAGCCUUGCAUGGGCAUCAGGGAUCAAAUCCGUCCUCGCCGGGUGGAGCAAACCUUAGAAGAAGAUCAUCUGUUAUUGAUAUGCCCCAUAGUUUACAUCAUCCACCACCAUCGCAAGCGCCAAAUAUAGCAUCUAAUAAUGAUUACAUAUUUGGAACAAAUGCAUUACCUGAAGAGAUUCCCUCCGAUGAAAUUGUCGAGUUUUACCUGGAUGUGAAGGAAUGUUUGGAUCUUCGUCACAAAUAUUUGAAGCUCUCAUUGCAAAUACCAGAGUUGUUGAACCCUAAAAACCAACCAGAUUGGAAAAUCUACCCAGCACCCCCUAAACCGACUUAUAAAUCGAAGAACAAAUUCAACCAAGUGGUUGCAACACCAAACGAGGACGAAGAGUUUGAAUUUAGCAAAUGCAACAUACCUGACUUGAGUGGUUCUGAUGUCUACUUUGUUUUAAAUGACGAAGGUGUGUAUGAAGUAUUUGACAGUUUAAAGAACGAGAGACUUGUUCAAGUACCGAAUUUGCAUGAAUAUUAUCGUGACCUAGGCUUUAUGGGUAAAAUUUCUUCCGAUGGGCCAACAAAAUCAUUUUCUUUCAAAAGGUUGCAGUAUCUCGAGGCUAAAUGGAAUAUGUAUUACUUGUUGAAUGAGUUUGAAGAAACAAAGCAGUCGAAAGCAAACCCACAUCGUGAUUUUUAUAACGUAAGAAAAGUCGAUACGCAUAUUCAUCAUUCGGCAUGCAUGAAUCAAAAGCACUUGCUCCGUUUCAUUAAAUAUAAGCUCAAGACCGAGCCAGACGAACCAGUCAUAUUCCGUGAUGGCAAAAUUUUAACCUUAGCUGAAGUGUUCCAGUCGUUGAAGUUGUCGGGAUACGAUUUAUCGAUUGACACUUUGGAUAUGCAUGCACAUACCGACACGUUCCAUAGAUUUGACAAGUUCAACUUGAAAUAUAACCCUAUUGGAGAAUCGAGAUUGAGGGAGAUUUUUUUGAAAACUGACAACUUCAUCGACGGUAGGUAUUUGGCAGAACUAACCAAGCAGGUGAUGAAGGAUUUGGAGAGCUCGAAGUAUCAAAUGAAUGAGCUUAGAAUUUCGAUAUACGGUAGAUCUAUCCAUGAAUGGGACAAGGUAGCCUCGUGGGUAAUUGACAAUAAAUUGUUUAGUCACAAUGUCAGAUGGCUCAUUCAAGUGCCUAGAUUGUACGAUAUCUACAAAAAGAAUGGAAAUGUUACCUCCUUCUUAGAUAUCGUCAAGAAUUUAUUUGAGCCAUUGUUUGAAGUUUCAAGAAACCCCAAAUCGCAUCCUAAAUUACACGUAUUUUUGCAAAGAGUGGUUGGGUUUGAUUCUGUCGAUGAUGAAUCAAAGGCAGACAAACCUUUGCCGCCACACAAAUACCCCUCUGCUAUGGAAUGGAACCAUACUUCAAACCCUCCUUACUCAUACUACAUUUACUAUUUAUAUUCGAACAUUGCCAGUUUGAAUCACUUGAGAUUGAGAAACAAGUUCAACACGUUUGUUUUGAGGCCACAUUGUGGUGAAGCUGGUGACCCCGACCAUUUGAUUAGCGCCUUCUUGACUUCUUACGGGAUCUCGCAUGGUAUCCUAUUGAGAAAACUCCCAUUCAUUCAAUAUUUGUAUUACCUUGAUCAAAUUGGUCUUGCCAUGUCUCCAUUGUCCAACAAUGCAUUAUUCCUUACGUAUGAUAAGAAUCCAUUUUACAACUUUUUCAAAAAAGGAAUGAACGUGUCUUUAUCUACAGAUGAUCCGCUUCAAUUCUCAUAUACGAAGGAACCAUUGAUUGAAGAAUAUUCUGUUGCUGCACAAAUCUACAAGCUAUCUGGAGUUGACAUGUGUGAAUUGGCAAGAAAUUCAUGUUUGCAAAGUGGAUGGGAAGCGACUAUCAAAAAGCAUUGGUUGGGUAAAAACUACAUGAAAGGAGGAGUUGAUGGUAAUGACAUAGAAAAGACAAAUGUACCAGACAUUAGGGUCCUCUUUAGGGAAGAGACUUUGAAAAGCGAACAGCAUUUGUUACAAUACUAUAACGAAUUGAAAAACAAACAGUCUAAAAAGGAACAAGAGAGCUAA